GCCUGAUGCUGUUUUGGUGAGAGCUUGAGAAAAGAGAGUGAUACUUCAAGGCUUCAGGAGAAGAGAAGAUUUUAGCCUAAAUAGGCAUAUGAGUUUGCAGGCGUGUCCUCCUCCUGUCAUGAGAUCUUGCCUGGCCCCUGGCUGUCCCUCCUGCAGUUGAUGACUCUGCAGCCGGUGUGGAGAUGACGGACAGUGUCAGAGCGUUUGUCCGCAAUGUUGCGAUGGGGAUCAAGGACUCCAUCCUGGGCAUUGGAACCAUCUCUAAGCUCGAUGCUCGGAUUCAGCAGAAGCGGGAGGAGCAGAGGAGGCGCAGAACGAGCGGGGCCCUGGCGAUGAGACGGGCUCAGAGCGAUGAACGGAAACAGGACAGUGAACCAAAACUAGCAAGUCGAAUUUUUCAGUGCUGUGCCUGGAAUGGAGGCGUGUUUUGGCUAAGCCUGUUCCUGUUUUAUCGGGUAUUUAUACCAUUGCUACAGUCCCUCACUGCUAGAAUCAUAGGUGACCCUUCGCUGCAUGGUAACGUGUGGUCCUGGCUGGAGUUCAUCCUGACAUCUGUAUUCAGUGCUCUCUGGGUUCUGCCUCUCUUUGUGCUUAGCAAGAUAGUCAAUGCCAUUUGGUUCCAGGACAUUGCUGAUCUGGCGUUUGAAGUGUCUGGACGGAAAGCUCAGCCUUUUCCCAGCGUCAGCAAGAUCAUUGCAGACAUGCUCUUCAAUCUUUUGCUCCAGGCCCUCUUCCUCAUUCAGGGAUGGAUUGUGAGUCUCUUCCCCAUUGAUGCUAUUGGUCAGUUGGUCAGUCUCCUGCACAUGUCUCUGCUCUACUCACUUUACUGCUUUGAAUAUCGCUGGUUUAAUCACGGGAUUGAAAUGCACCAAAGGCUGUCAAACAUUGAGAGAAACUGGCCGUAUUACUUUGGCUUCGGUUUGCCCAUGGCACUACUGACUGCGCUGCCAUCGUCAUACAUCAUAAGCGGCUGUUUGUUCUCCAUUCUCUUCCCGCUCUUCAUCAUCAGCGCUAAUGAAGCAAAGACCCCAGUCAAACUCUACCACUUCCAGCUCCGCCUCUUUUCCCUGGUCGUCCUCAUCAGUAACAAACUGUUCCACAAGACGGUGCACCUGCAGAGCUCCAUCACGACCUCCACGUCCACAGAGAAGCUGCCCUCGCCUCACAUGUCCCCGACGCGCCAGCGACCUAUGCCCCCCCAGUGA